UUUUUUUUUUUUUUUUAACAGAACUCUCAUAGAAAUGUACGGUAUAGCUCAGCGGAAGGAUAUCUUCAACACCAACAAAAAGCCUCGUUGCAUCGCCCAUGUUAUAAUUCACGCUUAAAAGACGAAAUCUUGAUGGUGAUUAAAUGAAAAUGAAGUCAGCUGAGAAGAAAGAAACGCGAGGAGAGGAAGAUCACGAUACAACCGCAGUCAAAACUGAAUGCCAAUUAGAGCAGGAGACUGCUGAAGAUGAUGAAGGCUCUUCUGAUGAAGAAUACACCAUCAAUGGAGAUGAUCUUAAUAUUUUGAUAAAGGAAGAGCCGGAGUCAUGGGAGAUCGAUGAGGAUAACUGUGUGAAAAUUACGCUUGAUGCCGACACUGUCUCUCAGGAUCCGCAGGGACUCAUAAAAGACGAGCUUAGCUGUAGCUAUGAUGAUCUGCUGGAAUAUGAAUCCAGUGAAGCUGCUGUCAAGGAGGAGACAGAGUCAUUCAUUAAAGAGGAGUCACCGAGUGAAGAGGAGGCUGAGGAAGAGGAUGCAGAUGACAUCGACGAAGAUUUUGAGGACGACGACGAGGUUAUCCCCACAGAGUCAUCAUCUGAGUUCUUCCCAUGUCCUCACUGCACUAUCUCCUUCACUAACAUGGAUUACUUGGAGAAACACGUGAAGUGGGUUCAUCAGAAAGAGUACCUUGAUAAUCUCAAAAAGAGCCUCCCAAACCACACACUAAACUUCAACCACAAACACACCUGCUUAAUCUGCAGCAGCACCUUCAAAUGCAAAGCUCACCUCGGCAUCCAUAUGCAUGAAGUCCACCCGUCUGCCCCUCCCCGCAGGCUUCACCCUUGUCCAACUUGUGCACGUAGCUUCCAAUACCUCAAGAAUCUGAAGAAUCACUGUCAGCGCUGGCACAACAUGUCUGUGAUCACUAGAGGAGGUCAUCUCAGUUGUGCUGACUGUGGGAAGAGUUUUCAAGCCACCUGGGGUCAGGGACGACAUCUGUGUCAUGAUCCAGAUGGAGCUGAAUCUGAGGACAGGCCAAUCUGUUUGGAUACUAGUUUACAGUGUUCAAAGUGUGGCAAAAAGUUACGAACGCCUCAAAGUCUGGAGGAUCACAUGCGCACCCACACGGGGGACCGGCCGUUUAUCUGCAAAGACUGCGGCAGGCGGUUUGGGGAGCGCAGCAGUUGGCGGCAGCACCUGAAAAUCCACCUUGGUGAAAAGCCAUUUAAAUGUGAGGUGUGCGGCAAGGCCUUUAUAAGGUCACACCACCUCAAGUCGCACUUAACCACACACUCUGGCAAGAAGGAAUACUCUUGUCCUGAAUGUGGGAAGGAGUUUGGAUUCAAGUCGAGCCUGGAUCUUCAUGUGAGGACGCAUUCAAGUGAGAGACCUUUCAACUGCAACGUAUGUGGGAAGAACUUCAACACUCGAAGAAACCUGAGGGUUCACACCAAACUUCACAACAAUGAGAAAGCUCACAAGUGUGGGGAGUGUGGGCUGGAAAUUAGAGAUCUCGGUGCAUUAAAGGUACACUUACGGUCCCACACCGGAGAAAGGCCUUACCACUGCACAGUGUGUGGUAACCGGUUCAUUCGCCUGGCACACCUAAGAAAUCACCAGCGGAUCCACUCAGGUGAGAGACCGUAUAAAUGCGACGAGUGCGACAAGAGUUUCACUCAGUCUGGUGACUUGGUGAAGCAUAAGAGGAUACACUCCGGGGAAAAGCCUUAUGAAUGUCCAGAGUGCCACCGCUGCUACACUUCCUCUGGCGACCUGGGCAAGCAUAGGAGGAGUCACACUAACCUGCGCCCUUACACAUGCACGGAAUGUGAUAAAACCUUUCGUUUGUCAGGCCAUUUGAAAACCCACAUGAUGACCCACACCGGAGAAAAGCCGUUUUCUUGCCCCAUUUGCCUUCGUAGGUUUGCCCGCUCUCACCAUCUUUCUGGACACGUUGCAAAAUGUCGCUGA